AAUGGCAGGUGGAAGCUUGAUCGUGUUCCAUGGAUGGAGUAUCUCGACGCGCUACAAACCCUAGCGUCUUGCUCGUCGCCAGCGCCUGCUAGUGCCAUCGCGAGGCGUAACCUGAGGUGCGUAUCCAGCAGGGGACGACGAUCGCCGGCUUCGAUCCGGCUCCAUUUGGUGGAAUUCCAGCAAUCUCUCCAGCGAUCUCGCAUCGUAGCUGCGGUGUUCUUGUCAUCUGAGGUGCGCGCUACUGCGCGGCCAAGGCGCGGCGGCCGCAGGAAGAAGGCGGAGUCGCAGGAUGGAGAUGUGGAGCUCGAGAUUUUCAAGUUUAUGGAGCAAUCGGGAAAACCUAAUACGUUCCCGACCAAGGAAGAACUCUUCGCUGCUGGUCGUGGCGAUCUAGUGGAAGCUGCUGUUAGGAAAGGGGGCUGGCUGACAGUAGGAUGGGAUUUCCAAAGGCCAUCCUCGUCUGGGAGCGAUCUGACCCAAGAAAAAUUCGAAAUUCACGUCAAUGGUUCGAGGAAAAAGAAGGAUCGAGCUUCGAAAAAUGGAUCAAGUGAUAGUGAUGAGCAGCAUUUGAUGCGGUUGAAUGGCCAAACCAGCCAAAGUUUUCCUGCAAAGGGAAUUUUAGUCCAUGGAAGCAAUCCGGUAGAAUCAAGCUGCCCCGCAAAUGAUGGACCUUCUUACAUACGAAAUGGAAAGGGUAGGAGACAUCCCAGAAAAACAACGAGCACGCUGGCUGAAAUUGACAAAGCUACUACCAAUGGCCCAGAACUAAAUGCCGAGGCCAGCCAUGAGCACUGGAGAAGAAAGCGCAGGAAAAAAACGACGUCCAUCGCAGCUGAUGAUAGUACCAGCGUGAAGAAUGCCUUGAGUUGGAUACACGACAUGGUUCAAAAAAGGGAGCAGUGGAUUUUGGAAUCAAGAUCGAGACCUUCGAAACUAAGGUCAUCGGAAACCCCUCCAGCUGAUAUUACUCCUGCAGAACCAGAGUCUUCGCCACUAUCAAGGAGCGAUGACAGCAGAGUAUCGCGAAGCUCGUCUCGAAUUUUUUCAGCGGAGUCACCAGCAAGGGGUUCUUUGAAAGGAACUUCGUUGAGACCAUUUUCGAGGGUACCGUCAAGCACGACAGAAAGUCCUGAAACGUCCGCAAGAUCACUCACUUCCAGCAGCCCAUCAAAAACCGGACAGGACAUACGAACUCCAGCUCCAUUGACAAGAACUUCAUCCAGAGUAUACUCAACUGGAGCUUCAGCUUUGUCCAAGAAAUCUUCAUCUUCUGCUGCAAGCUUUUCUUCUACCACAGAGACCGGCGGCUCAAAUUCUUUCAACUUUCGAUUGCAGAAGCUGGAAACAAAGCUGCUUGCCACUCGCGCAGCGCUAAAAUCCGGGCGCGCCACAUUGUUGAAAGGAGAAGACAAGCUUUUGCAGGUACAACGAAAAACUAGCGAAGAUCUUGCAAAAGCCGCGGACUCUUUGGAAUUCAAGGAGACCGAGAUCAUGCAAACCCGUGCGGAGCUCCGGAGAACUCGCGCUCAAGUAACUGCAAUGCAAGCGAAGAUGGCUCUGGAGCUCUCGGAAGCUCGCAAAGCAGCUGAUGAGAAACAAGUGCUACUCGACAGAGCAGAGAACGCGUUAAAGAUGAUGCGAUUUGUACGCAUUGUUUGGCCCAAUGCUGCGUCGCACGUCCUCCUUACAGGCUCCUUCGACGGUUGGACAAACAAGAUCAAGAUGGAAAAAUCUGGUGCUGGAGUCUUUGUGACGGCUCUACAUUUGUAUCCUGGCCGCUACGAGGUAAAGUUUAUAGUGGACGGAACAUGGCGAGUAGAUCCAUGCCGUCCAAUCACAUACGCCGACGGCAUCGAGAACAACGUGUUAAUGGUGUCCUGACGCUACACACAAAGAAAAAGAACACCCACACUGGGCGAAAAGAUUUCGACCGUCUAGAAAUUGGACGGCUAGGUGUUAAUGUAACGUUUGUAUUCGUGUCAAUGUAACGUUUAUAUUCGUGUUAA